AUGGCCAGCGACCUCUGCGCUAUUGUCUUUACAUGCUUUGGAGCCAGCUAUGGCACGGCCAAAUCCGGAAUUGGUAUCAUGGCAGCAGGUGUUUACAGACCUGACAACAUGAUCAAGAGCUGCAUGCCCACCGUCAUGGCGGGUAUCGUUGCCAUAUACGGACUCGUGAUCUCCCUGAUGAUCAGCACCACUAUUUCGUCCACCCGACCUACCCCUCUAGCAGCGUCGAUGACACACUUCGGCGCCGGGCUUGCCGUGGGCCUUGCCGGUCUCUCAUCGGGUUUCGCGAUUGGCAUUGUCGGCGACGCUGGCGUGCGAGCCAGCGCUCAACAGCCAAGGCUCUAUGUCGGUAUGAUGCUGAUAUUGAUCUUCGCAGAGGUCCUGGGUCUCUACGGCAUGGUUGUGGGGCUGUUGAUGGUCAGUAAGGUGGAGGUAGAUAAUGUUUGCUGA